CUUGUUUCUCUGAGUCCUAUUGCUUGUCUUUGCGGCAAGGCUUUGAGCUGGGGUGUUCUUAUAAUGUGGUCUAGACGUGUCAUAACAACCCUCUCAACCCAGCCCGUCCAGCCUAGGACAGCGCAGAAACUCGGACUUAAAAGAAGAAGGCAAUGUGGAGGAAUAGACAGCCCGUAGCCUGCCUCUUCUCAGGGUGUUCUGUUCUGUGCCUAGCCCCGUAGGCAAAUACACCCUUCUCCUUCUGUUUAAGCCUUCCUACCCUUCGCCAGUGACAAGCCCCCCUUUCCCAAAAGAUCAUCCAAGCUCCCCGCACAUGCGCGAGAGGACUUGGUUCGGUGAGGCUCUGACCUUACUUACCUACUUCUCUGCUCUCGCCCGUAUCCAGAGAGAGCUAUGAGGAUUAACUUAUGCCAUCCAUGGGCACCCGUAAUCAACCACCCGUUCCCCUUACAUCUUUUGCCUCCUCCUCCUCCUCCUUAAGACUUCGCCGGAGAAUAAUGACUUAACUUGGUCCCUGCUAUGAGACUCUUGCUACAAUAAUUGCGAAAAUGACGAAGCCGUGGGAUGUAUAUGAAGCUACGAUUAAGGACCUCUACGCCGACAACACGCUGUCCGUUGUGCGGCAGAUCAUGAUCGAUCAAUACGGGUUCAGAGCCUCUGUUAGAGCGUAUAGGGGCCGUCUGAUCCGCUGGGGCGUCCGCAAGUACAACUGCCGGAAGCGCGCCUCGCCUAGCGCGAGCAACAGCAGCGCCGAUGACGGGAGUAGUUUCACGAGUGGCUCGGACACAGCCUCUCCGAUCAUGGCUGCUGCUGCUGCCGCCGCCGUCGGUGAUGCGAGGGCGAUACUCCCUCGCGUUAUGAUGAAACAAGGAAAUGUCGACGGCCAGCUCGCCAUGCCGGUGCGGAUGAACCAGCAGUACGGCCAGAGCCACCAGCACCAAGUAUUUAGCACUGACAAUUCCUUCGACUCUAAGCCUAGGGCCUUCCUUUCAGCUCCGCAACACAACACCAACAGCAGCAGCAGCAGCGACGGUAUCCAAUACGGGUGGGACACAGCCCUCCUCAAGAAGGACCCCGACGUCGCCGCCGCCGACGCCGACCUCGACGACUUCACCAGCAGCCCGCAAAGCGAGGCCCUCGCACCGCCGCCAUUGUACUUCAGCACCCUUACCGCAUCGAUGAUGCAGCCCGGAACCGGAAAUAACAAACCCCCCUACGGCACCGGAUACGGAGGCUCGACGCCCACCCAGCACCAACACCACCGGAAUACGGGCGGCGGCGGUAGCCUGAACUACUACAACUCGUUGCCGUCGCAGCAGCAGCGGCAGCAGCAAGUUCGCAGCGGCGUUGUUGCUGUCAACCAGGUCCCGCCGGAUAUGUCGUUUGCAGCGCAGACGAGAGGGUACGGCCACGGCCCACGGCCCACGAUAGGCGGGUAAGGGGGUAGCAAGGACACAUCUGGUACCAAUGUAGUACAGACGGGACGCUGUCUAUCUAUCUAUCUAUCUAUCUAUC